AGAACUUUUUUUAGAGACCAUUACUAUUCUACCUAAGCAUACACAUGAUUAAGUCUCGCAAAAUCCCAACAUAUUUCAAUUAUGUUGAUAACUGCUUGGAGCCUCGGCAUCUCAACGUGUAUUACAUAAGCCACAUCAACCUCUCAUUUUCUUCCCCUUGUCCAACUUGUUGACCAGUUUGGCCUCAGUUGCUGCACCUUAUUGCUUGGAGGUGCUCUAUCGCUGUUACAGCUGCUAACUGAAACCCUCAUUGCUUUAUCGUGCCUCGCACGCGUGCAAUUCUCCCUCCACAGCAGCUAUACCAAAAGAAAUCGCUCGUCACUAGCUCCAUCCAAACACAAACAACACCUCGAAAAACAGCAGCAAGACGAAAAGUCAACCAUGCCUUCCAAACCUACCGCCUCCCGGGGCCCCAAAGGCCUCACGAAAGUCUAUCUUCUAGGCUACAAUGCCCUCAGCUUCACCCUCUGGGCAACCUGCACCCUCCGCGGCUUCUACCUCCUUGCAACCAACUCACCCCAGGACAUUCCCGCAAUCUUCGACGACAUCUUCUCGCCCCUCCUAACGACAACCCAAACCCUGGCCGUUUUGGAAAUCCUCCACAGCCUGUUGGGUAUUGUGCGUGCCCCAGUCCUCACGACCGCGAUGCAGGUCGCCAGCCGAUUGCUUCUCGUCUGGGGUGUGAUGUAUUUGUUCCAUGAGAAGGGUGACGGUGCGGGCAUUGUUGGGGCUCCUGCGGAGGCGGCCAAGGUGGGCGAUUAUGCAUUCCUGGGCUGUCUGAGCGCAUGGGGCGUUACCGAAUGUAUUCGGUAUGGGUUCUUUGCGUUGCAGGUUUUGGGCGCCGGUGUGCCCAGAUGGUUGACUUGGCUGAGGUACAAUACCUUCUAUGUGCUCUAUCCUCUUGGAAUCACCAGUGAGUGCGUGAUGGUUGUUAAGGCGCUGACGCCGGCUGCCGAGCUGAACCCUCUGUUCCGGUGGUUCUUGAUCGUUGUCCUGGGGAUCUAUGUGCCUGGCUCCUAUAUCUUGUACACGCACAUGAUUGCCCAGAGAAAGAAGGCUCUCAAGAAGAGGGCGGAGUAGAUUCAUUAUGGAUGAGCUGAACUACGAGAGUUGUUGAUGUUUGAGAUGACAAGAGAGUAUGACGUGGUGUAGAUAGAUUAAUCCUCCUACGAAGGAU